CGGCGAGCACGGAGCAACAGUCGCUCGCCGGACUUCGCGCUGGUAAAACGUUGUUCGCGGCAUGCGCGCCGCGGUGCACGCGUACGCGUCCAGUGGUACGGUCUCGUGAUCGCCCGCCGUGCAUAUCGUCGUCGCUCUUCCCUCACGUCCGCCUGUCCGCCUCCUCGCUUUCUUGCCCUCCCCCUACCCCCUUCGUCGUGUGAGAGUCGGCAGGACCCUUGGUACUUCCCGUACGCGCUCACGCACACCCCGUCGUCGCUUCCGGAUCCGCAUCCGCAGGAUGGACGCACCGCGAUGGAGAUAGGUGACCAGUCAGCGUAGUAGACGACUCCAGGUCGUCCCGAUCGACCGAGCACGUUCAUCCCCGAGUAAGAGAAAACCGGCUGCUUGUCCGCGAUGGCCACGACGGCGUCAACGGAGAAGAUGGACCUGGACAAGGACUUGCCGAAGAAGAAGUGCAUCAACACGAAUCUGAUAUCGCUCAAGUUUCUUCUGUUCAUCUUUUUCGGAGGUAUCGGCUGUCUCUUCCCGUUUCUUCCGCUGCACAUGACGAAAGUGGGACUGAGCAUCGAGAACGUGAGGUUUGUGUCGAUGGUUUCGCCGGCGAUAGCGAUACUGGGGCCGCUAAUAGCGGGACCGAUCGCCGACAAGCUCGCCGGCCGCCAGAGCAACAAUGAUAAAUCGUCGACCGGUCGUUACCUUCGCGUGAUGAUCGCCGUCGCCUGCAUCUUCUCGGCGCUCUUCUACUCGCUGCUGAUGCUGGUGCCCACGGUGGACUGCGCGUUACCGGCCGGGAAGGGCCCAGGCCUCAAAUUCAACUGCGAUCGGCGCGGAGCUGUAGUGCGGCAAGAGAGAUGCGAGGAUCGUUUUGGUUGUCAUCGCUGGGCCGAUGAUGACAGCGGUGUGGGUGCCAUGCUGCUGGAAAACUGCAACUACGCCUGCUACCCGACCGGUUGGCGACGAUGGCAUUCAGAACUAACACGCACGACGACGUUCCGAAAUAACGCCGACGUCGAAGUCGACCUCUUCGACGGCAGUGGAGAGACCACCGUCGCACCAUUGGUCAAUGAACUCUAUGCGCAGGAAAAUCGUGACGAGACGAAAAAAGCUCGUCGUUACGUCAUGAUCGAGAAUGAACCGCCACAUCUGUGCUACAAGGACGAGGGCGACAAUGUCGUCUGUCACGUUUACACAGAGUAUUCCGGCACGCUACCAGUGAACGGUAGCCUCGGACAGGCAUUGAAUCCCGAAAACGAGGCUGAAUGGUGCGCGUAUCCCGUGGCCGAGUACUUCGCCUGUCGCAUACCACCCGAUCUGGAAGUUAAGAUGGCUGAGUUCAAUCAGAGUUGCUCCAUAGAAUGCGACCUGGUCGAUCCAUAUACUCUCCCGGGCAACGUACUGGUGAAAAGCCAAUGUCAACGUACCGGAGAUUGGACGGAAGCGGCGUUCUGGAUGUAUCUGUUCGUGCGCUCGGUCGCGGAUAUUUUCCCGACGACCGCCGUUGCCCUGAUCGACGCGGCGGUGGUGAUCGCGACCAGGGAGACGUCGUGCGGACGCGGCGACGUAGGACGCCAAUUGGCUUUCGGCUCCCUUGGUUUCGCCCUGCUAGGACCACUGUCCGGCUAUCUGAGCACCCUGACGUGCGACAUCGGACCGGCUUAUUGGUUGCCGCUCGUCCUACAUGCCGCAUUGAUGAUCCUCGCGGCUGUCGUUGCUCUGUCGGCGAACGGCAUGCCGCUCAGUCCACCAGAAUGGUGGUGGCACACGAGAAGCGGCAUGCUAGCGCUGCCGAUGAGCGCUGUCAAGAGGUACGGCAGCGAGACCGCCGCUCUGGUCUUCGUCCUGCUAGUCAUGGGAACCUUUUGGAGUGUGAUAGACAGCUACCUACCUUUGCAUCUGCAAAAACUAGGGGGUGAUGAACUUUCCAUCGGUAUCGCUAUGACGAUCAAAGCGGUAGCUGCGUCCCUGUUCCUCUGGAAGUCCGAGCAUCUUGUAGAUUACUGUGGACACAGUAAUCUUCUCAUCACUGCCUUCACGGUGUACAUAAUCAGGUUCACCGGACUGAGUCUCGUAUCUGACCCUUGGUGGUCUCUAAUCUCGGGAGCUUUAGAAGUCUUCACCUUAGGAAUAAUGUGGGUUACUGCCAUUCUCUACCUGAGACACUUGGUACCGCGUCAUUUAACUGUGACUGCCCAAGCGCUGCCUGUGAUAGCUCACUUUUGCGUCGGCCGGUGUCUCGGAGCCGUCAUCGGUGCUUACAUCAAUUUCGGCGACGAGGAUCUCGUACAGUCGCUGAGGUUUGUCUAUCGUUGUAUGGCGGUAGCGGCGGCCAUCGUUGCCGGCCUGUAUUUCGUAUUGUAUCAUGGUCUACUGAAGCCGAGAUGUCAUGCACACACCAUCCAGGGUCCCCGUCAACCCCCCACAAUCGUGCAAGCUGCCAUAAGAGAUUAUGAACUGACGAUGAACGGAAAUGGAAAUUACACGCCGCUGAGAGUGUACCAUAAUGGAAUGGGCAAAAAGGGUCAAUUUCGAUACUGAGAAGUUAUCUGUUCAUUCUACGAACGAAUGAAGAGUUCUAGGAACAACACUGCAACAAUGAUUCCACAAUGCAACGUAUAUGUGUCAUCAGCGACGAAGUGCCGACGAUGUGUGCUCUCGUGUAUUUUGCGUUGCAUCGCAUUUAUCAUUAAUUUGUUAAUUUAAACCGACUCGACAUUAUCGUUUUUGUUUCUUAACAUUAUUAUUUAAACGAAUCAUUAUCACAAAGACUACUUGCUCAAGUACGUUCUACGAGCUAUAUCAUCAGUUUCUAUAUUUGUAACAUAAAAGUGUAAGUACCAACGACAGCAACAUAAUGCGAAUCCUUCGUGUAUGGCAGUAAUAAAAAGAGAGAUAGGAAAGCCUUUUUUUAUGUACAAAACGUCCAUGAAAAGCUAUAAGUAUCUAAUACUUCUUUAAUUUUCUAUCAAAUUCAGUUUCUUUAUAUAAUCGCUAUGUUCGUAAAACUCUUGAGGUAUACACAAUUAAAAGAUGGACAAUUUUAUUUAGUGAAAUUAUUAUAGCGAGACUUACAUGCGUCUUCACAUGUAAUAUAAAAUGAAUAAGUAUCAACAAAAAUAAUAUGUCUAUUUGACUGGACAAAUGUUACGUUUCUGUGAGUUGAUAUAUAUAUGUAUACAAGAAAAAUGAAAUAAAAAUACGUUGGAGAGAAACGAUCGUUAUAAUUAUUAUUUUACAGAAAACAAUUACACAUGACUAUUGACUGUUUAUAUUAAGUUUAUUUAGGCAGUGCUAAGCAGAAUUUUUCAACGAAAGUGAAAUAUUUAUAGCCGCUGAAAGAAAAUAUGUACAAUGGCCUAAAUCGCGAGACUUAUGUUUCAUAAAUUAUAUUAAAUCUAAAGUAGUCUAGCGUAUAUGUGUGAUGUAUAAACAAUUUAUUUGCUUCGUACACUUUUCUUCCUUUUCUCUCAUAAACUUUUAAAUGUAUACACAUGCGCACAAUUUCCAAUUACAAGUAUUUAGGAAUAAGCCGUGGGAAUAAGUAUGAGAGAUACGACGUGUUCGUAUUUACUACAUAGCAUGUACGCUUAUAAUGACAAAAAUAAUAAAGAAAUAUUCGACGAAUA